AUGCAGCCUGAUCUGCCGGUUAAGACUCUGUGUGUACUUGUCAGACUUAACCCCUUGUUGAAGAUUCUGAUCUUUGCUGUUUACAUAACUCCACGGUCUCCAACAGGGAUCUACUCUCUUUUUGCUGAGUCGCUCACUGAAACUAUCUCCACUUGCCACAACUUCGAUGCGGUUUUGAUUACCGGUGAUUUCAAUUUUAAUGGCUUCAACUGGAUUAACCCUGACCUCCCCGUUGCUCCUCCUCCUGUGAGAGUUCUUCUGGGCCUUGCUUCUCAACUGGAUUUAUCACAGAUCAGUGAUGUCCUCAAUGUUCGGGGAGUCCAAUUGGAUUUGAUAUUUGGCCCGUCUGACCUUUUUAUUGUCUCUUUGGAGGACGAUCCGCUUCUUGCAUCUGAACCCUGUCACCCUGCCCUUGGUGUUACCAGUGUUCCUUCUUGCCCAAUGAAUUCUCGUGCUGACCACCCCACAUAUAUUCGGAAUACUCGAAGGUGUAACUUAGAGGCGGUAAGAUGUGAUCUCCAGCAUGGAAUAACUCGACUUGAUUAUAAUUGCAAUGAUGUUAACCUGCUGUUCUCCAGCUUCUGGAAACAACUUGUUGGUCCCUCUGUAUUUCCUAGGUGGUUCUCUAAAGAAUUGAAGGAACUAGUCAUACUAAAGAAGAUACUUCACAAGAGGUUAAAACGAUCUCACGAUGAGAUGGACUAUCGUUCGUUCUGCAGAAUCCGAGAGUGUUGCCGGAACCUCUUCAGGGAAUGCCGUGCUAGCUACGUGGGUUACGUCAACUCUACUAUCUCCUCGAACGUCAAUGUGUUCUGGAGCUUCGUGAAUGACCUCAAUCGCACAUAUACCACUCCUUAUUCACUUAGACUUGGCAACAUUGAGGUCUCUACUCAUUUUGAGAUGUGCGAGCUCUUCGCCACCUACUUUUCCUCUGUAUACACACCUGCAUCUUCCGAAGCUCUGCCUGUUCCGCCCUUCAAUACCUCCUUUGUCUUCUCUGAUUGCUCUGUCUCACUUGAUGCCAUUCACGGAAAACUCGUUGCUCUUGACUCUGCUAAGGGAUAUGGUCCUGAUGAGGUUACUCCGGGGGUCCUCAAGUUUUGUCACUCUGAACUGGCUCCUCUGCUCUGCUUUCUGUUCAACCACAGCUUGUCCACUGGAAUUUUCCAUGAUGCUCUCAAGGAUGGAUUCGUGAUCCCUAUGAUAAAGUCUGGAGAUUGCAGUGACGCUACAAACUACAGACCGAUUGUGAUACAAUCUGUCCUGAGUAAGGUGUUUGAGAGCCUCAUUCUGGACAUGCUGCAGCCUCUCUUCAAGCAUGUUAUCAUUGAUGAGCAGCACGGUUUCCUCGCAGGAAGGUCAACGGAAACAAACCUCCUUUCACUCCAAUGUUAUGUGAUGGACGCUUUUAGCCGCAGGAACAAAGUGGAUGCAGUUUAA